GCCUUUCCUUAAACCCAGGCUUCCGGGUUGUCCGCGAUUGUUUUUUAAAACGCCCGCAACGGUGGCAAAAGAUCGCGAUGUGGCUCGGCAGCGGCUGCAGCCUGGUGCUGGCCGUCGUGUUCUACCUCUUUGCAUCGGCACAUUGCGAGUUUCCCACGUUGGACCACCUCCGGCCGAGUGCCAGCGACGGGGCGCAGGGGCGAGCGGUGGCCGCCCUGCUCAAGCGGCUGCUCGGGAGCAGGUCCGCGGAGUUCGCGGUGUCGGUCAACGGGAGCCUCUCCGACGACAGCCGGGAUGUGUGCGAGCUCAGGUCCACCACACGCAACAGGAUAGUCGCCACGGGCAGCAGCGGCGUGGCCGUGGCGACUGGCAUUUACAACUACCUGAAAUAUUUCUGCCGCUGCCAUGUCUCCUGGUCCGGCGAUCAGCUGGAUCUGCCCCGCACGCUGCCGAAGCUCGCCGGCGUCCUGCGCAUCCACACGCCGCACAGAUUCAGGUAUUACCAGAACGUCUGCACUUUUAGCUAUUCCUCUGUGUGGUGGGACUGGCCAAGAUGGGAGAGAGAGAUCGACUGGAUGGCACUUAAUGGGAUCAAUCUGCCGCUGGCUUUCACUGGCCAAGAAGCUCUGUGGCAAGAGGUUUACCGCGCUCUUGGAUUAAACCAGUCGGAGAUUGAUGAGUUCUUCUCUGGCCCGGCGUUUCUUGCCUGGAACCGAAUGGGAAACAUGUUUAGGUUUGGUGGGCCUCUGCCACAGUCCUGGCAUGUGAACCAGCUCUACCUCCAAUUUAGAAUCCUGGAGCGAAUGAGAUCCUUUGGCAUGAUUCCCAUACUUCCAGCCUUCUCUGGGAACAUCCCCAAGGGAAUCCUCAGGUUGUUUCCAGCAGCAAAUGUAACCAGUCUGGGGCCUUGGUCUCAUUUCAACUGCAGCUUCUCAUGCUCCUAUAUAUUAGACCCGCGGGACCCACUUUUUCUCCAGAUUGGUUCCCUCUAUCUGUCCCAGGUGGUGCAGCAGUUUGGGACAAAUCACAUUUACAACACUGACACCUUCAAUGAGAUGACUCCUCCUUCCUCUGACCCAGCCUACCUGUCUGCGGUCAGUCGCUCUGUCUUUGCCUCAAUGACUGCAGUUGAUCCUCAUGCAAUUUGGCUGAUGCAAGGCUGGCUUUUCUUCAGUGAUGCAGUGUUCUGGAAGCCAGCCCAGAUUCAGGCCCUACUACACGGAGUGCCCCUUGGACGAAUGAUAGUGCUGGACCUGUUUGCCGAGACAGAACCAAUUUUCUCCUACACCAAGUCGUUCUAUGGACAGCCAUUUAUCUGGUGCAUGCUGCAUAACUUUGGUGGUAACAGUGGUUUCUUUGGCACAGUAGAGAGCAUCAACUCAGGGCCCUUUGAAGCCUUGCGUUUCCCAAACUCCACUCUAGUGGGCAUAGGAAUGACACCUGAGGGCAUAGAGCAAAAUCCUGUGAUGUAUGAGUUGAUGAGUGAGCUGGCUUGGCGUAAAGAGCCUGUCAACUUGUCCAAGUGGGUGUCGCUGUAUGCAAUGCGCCGUUACGGCAGCACAGAUGAGAACCUGACUGCUGCAUGGGUGCGCCUGUUUGCCAGUGUCUAUAACUGCACCUUGCCACAUUACCGAAACCACAACCAUAGCCCACUGGUACGCAGGCCUUCCUUUCACAUGAACUCUGGGCUCUGGUAUGACCCGGCUGACUUGUAUAAAGCCUGGAAACUGAUUAUAGAGGCGGCGCCUUCCCUCAUGUCAAAGGAGACCUUCAGGUACGACCUGGUGGAUGUGACUCGUCAGGUCCUGCAAGUCCUGACAACAUACUUCUACCAAGAUAUCGUUGAUGCCUUCAAGAAUCAAAAGCUGCCAGAGCUGCUGACUGCAGGCGGUGUUCUGGUGAAUGACCUCCUGCCUGAGCUCAGCCGAUUGCUGAAUAGCGAUCGCAAUUUCCUGUUAGGGACGUGGCUGGAGCGUGCAAGAUCCUUAGCCCUGGGUGAGAGGGAGGCACAGCUCUAUGACAUGAAUGCCCGAAACCAGCUCACAUUGUGGGGUCCCAGUGGUGAGAUCCUGGACUAUGCCAGUAAAGAGUGGGGAGGCCUCAUGGAGGACUACUAUGCCCAGCGCUGGGGACUCUUUGUCCACAUACUAGUAGAGUGUUUGGACAGUGGACGACCAUUCAAGCAGGAUGCCUUCAACCAGGCAGUUUUUCAGGUAGAAAAGGGAUUCAUUUACAAUGGCAGAAGGUACCCGACCAAGCCUCAGGGAGACACAUACAACAUUGCCUACAGGAUCUUCCUGAAGUAUUACCCACAGGCCUUAAAGAGACUAAAGUGAGCAGAGGCUACACUGUGGAAAAAAAACCUGCCAAGUGUUACAGCAAGAAGAAUGUCUUCCUCCACCUCCAGUUUUUCAUGGAUGUCCCAAAACAUUUUGAUGUAGAAAAUGUAAAAGCCUGAAUAUAGAGGAACAGUAUGUUUCGCACAUGUAGUACAAUCAUUGUACAUGAUACAAAAUGUUCUCCUUACACUCACACUAAUCAAAUAUCAAACCAUGCCUUAUAAAAGGGGAGAGCAGAAAAUUAAGACACGCGAGUGAGCGAGAAGCUGUAUGUGUGUUUAUUUUGUACAGACAGAAAUGUAAAAAUGACAGUUUGUGGUUUCAGGGGGCGUGAGAUGGUAGAACAGUUCCCUCCGAAUAACAGUUUAUCCAUUUGUUCUUUACAGCGUCUCCAGCUGAUAACACGAAACAGUCGGUGAGCACAGGUUUGGCCUUUGGUUUCUCUACAGUCACAAUGGUACCAAACCUGGCAACCGCACCAUGGACAACAGGAAACUACACACAGUCACUGUGCUAAGCUGUUGUUCACAGGAAGAUAGUUUGCGUGUGGAAUCACAAAUUGUCAUUUUACAUUUCAGUUGAUCCAUUCAUCCUUUAUGCUUGGGUUGUGGGGCUGAUGUGGGACAGGUCACCAGUCUUUCAACUGUCAGUCUUGGAAUAUAUAUAUAUAUAUAUAUAUAUAUAUAUAGCACGCGCCAACUGUGAGUGGCGGUCGAUCAGAAUAGAAAGGGGCUAUGUAAAUGCGGUCCAUUCACCAAUCACAUGCCGUGUACAGACGUGUAUGCAUUUAACCCUGCAUGCCUUUGGACUGUGGCAGGAAACCCACGCAGGCACAGGGAAAACUUACAAACAGAACAGGUUUGACUCCCCCUGCACCACUGUGACAUGUUGUUUCAGCUUCUCCAUCACUUUUAAGCUUUUAACUUAGGUCAGGUAACCGUCCCCAGACUAACCACACAGAUUUUAAACUGAUUGUCUCAGCUCUCAUUCAGAAAUAAAGCAGAGCCAUUCCUUCAUUGUGACUACAGGUAGCAGAUUGGCAUUGGCAUGUUUGACUGCCUGGGAAAUGAAAUGACAUUUAAAUACAUGGAAACAGUCUGUCUGA